GCAUUCAGCACUGAGCAAGACGAGUUUGCUCCGGACGGUCAGUAUUGAUGACAGCAGCGCUCUUUAUCGUCCACCAGACCGCCGAUGUUGCUGAGAUCCUCGCCGUCGUCGCCAGAGCUUGAAAUGACGUCACGCAAGACCAGGGCGCUCCAGCAACUUCACCGCGCAGUUCAUGCCGGCGGCGCGGGUAUAGUAAUAUUCCUUUUUUUUUCAUUCUGUAAAACAGCUCUACAGAUCUACGUCCUCUCUCAGAUUAUCGUCGAACUCUUCGCUCCUAGUUGCAGAAGCGUCGUGUGUGGUGAGCACAGCCCCGUCCAGACAGCCGUUGCACCUCCGAGUCACUUCUGCAAUCGUGCUUUGCUCCUGCAAGCAAUCUAGGAAAGCACAACCAGCGUUGUACUAGCAAUCUUCAUGUUGAAGCCCCGAGUCGUGUUCUACUUGGGACUACUUGUUACUCGAAGGCUUCCCAUAGAGCCCGCCCAUGGCUUCCGCUCAGCUCAACAACAUUUAUAGAUGAGCUGCUUAUCAUCCGUUGGUCUGUACACCGCUCGGAUUUUGAUUUUCGACUACCUAGAUCUGUUCGUCACCCCACUCUGCUUCUUACAAUUGCACCGACUGCUCGCCGUGACACAAUUCUUGUCUUCAAGAAUCGAUGCGUAGGAUGACUUGAAAGAGCAUACACCCUUUCGAAGGCCAACAUCCCACCACAGGACCGGGGCAUCGGGCUGUGAACCACACUGAUACCAUGGCCGACCCCAGAUCUGCCCAACACCGGUUGCCUAGGUUCUAGUUCCCGCUGGACGCGCGAGUGCGAAAGAAGCUCUGUGAUAUCUGUUCCUUUGUCAAGGACACAGCAAAGCUCUACAAGUUACAGUAUAUAGAGCGCGCAAUGAAGCGUCUUGUCUAAGUCUUGUUUCCUCCCUAACGACCUUUCUCCAUGGUGAUCAACCCUACCCUAAACACUACCGUCGGUGCCGCUUUGCUAGGCGGCUUUGCCACUUCGAUGCUGUACGGCAUAGUAUGCUCGCAGUGUUAUACUUUCUUUCAAAGUCCAAACCAGAGACAUACAGCGGUUAUCAUCAAGUACCCGAUCGCUAUUCUAUCGGUUCUUAUCACGUUGUACACCGGAUUGGUCCUGCAUUCCCUGUACUGGUAUGCAGUUAUAAAUUUUGGCAACGAGUCAAAAGUUUUGGAUAUCACCUGGAGUAUACGCGCUCUUGUCGUUGUUGCGGCCGUCAAUGAUGUGAUCGUUCGCAGCUGUUUUGUCCAUCGAGCAUGGAUCUUGGGCGGGCACAGGACGUCGCAGUGGUACAUCUUUCCCUUGGUAUUCCUGGUGCUGUGUCUAUUUGGGGUGUCCAUGACUGUGGGUGUGUGGUCACUCAAGCUGAAAACCCUUCAAGAUUUCCAGUCUAUCGAGGCUCUGUACAACGCAAACCUGAUCAUGGUCGCUGUCGCAGACCUCACCAUCGCUGGAAGACUCACCUUCCUGCUCGCCAGCAUGAAAGGUAACUUUAUCAAACGGACCGACUCGCUUAUCAAUAUCAUGUUGGCCUACACGAUAAACACUGGCCUCAUCACGAGCCUCGUAUCCAUAGCCAGUCUGAUCGCGCAUGCGACGAUGCCGUACAACUAUGUCUUUCUCGCCGUUUUCUUCCCUUUAAGCCCCCUCUACGUCAACGCCUUGCUAGCCUCAUACAACGCCAGAUAUUGGUUGCGCAGCGAGUCCCCGCCAGGCGAUGGCGACAAACUUCCGCAUAACGAUGGCAGCUUGCACGUCCGCGUCAUCGUGGAAUCUCAAGAAACAUACUAGUCUCCUGAGAGACCUAGUGCCUCCGGUGUUUGAGACUGGCUCUCAGCUUCGUAGGCUGCUUUGUCUGUGGAGAGUACUUCCCUGAUCAGAGUUAUUUA